AUGAGUAGUGCAAGCAAGAAGAAAGUUUGUCAGUAUUCAGAGGAAUAUUUAAAACUUGGUUUCAUACCCGCUGUCCAUGAUGAACGGUCACCUUUCUGCCUCUUAUGCCAACAAUGCUUGACCAACGAAUCAAUGAAACCAGGUCGUCUUGAGGCACAUUUGAAGGCGAAACAUAGUGCGUAUGUAAAUUCAGAUUUGAAUUACUUCAAAUCUUUAAAGGAUAAGUUUGAAAAAAGAUCAACAAUAAAGUCUCUGUUCACUGCACAAACUGUUACUGUCAGUCGUACUCUUGAGGCUAGUUAUGAAAUUUCUUUACUCAUUGCUAAAUCUGGAAAAAAUCAUACUAUAGGGGAGGAUUUAAUUAAACCAUCAAUAUCAGCAUUUCUUAAAACAGUUCUGGAAAAAGAUGACAAAGACGUUAAAGCCAUGCCACUCAGUAACAACACUGUUAGGAGAAGAAUAGAUGAAAUGAGUGAAGAUAUUGAAACACAACUUGUUGAAAAGCUGAAAUCAAGAAAAUUCUCAGUACAAAUGGAUGAAUCAACUGUGAGAGACAGUGAGGCCUUAUUGCUAACCUAUGUAAGAUAUAUUGAUAAAGGUGAAUUUGCUGAAGAAAUGUUAUUCUGCAAAUCGUUAGAGACCACCACUACCGCCACUGAUAUAUAUAAUAAACUAAAACACUACUUAGAUGUCAAUAAUAUACCAAUGGAAAACAUAACAUCUUGUGCAGCUGAUGGUGCUCCUGUUAUGAUGGGCAAGAAAAAUGGCUGCUUAAAAUUGAUGAAAGAUGAGAAUCCGGAAAUGCUUCUUGUGCACUGUGUUAUUCAUAGAGAGAACUUAGUGUCGAAAAAUAUUUCUCCUGUACUUAAUGAGGUACUGAAAUCAGUUAUAAAAUCUAUCAAUGCUAUCAAAGCUAAUGCCAAAUGUGGGCGUCUUUUCAAGCAAUUUUGUGAAGAUAACAAUGCAGACCAUGUGAGACUUUUACUUCACACUGAGGUACGGUGGCUUUCGAAGGGGAAUUGUUUGAAAAGAUUCAUGGAACUAUUUGAUGAGCUUAGUGACUUUUUAAGUGACAAGCCUGAAAUGAAGCACCUGCUAACCGUUGAUGGAAAAGCGUUUGUGAGUUAUUUAGCAGAUAUUUUUGAAAAACUGAAUGUGUUGAAUAAACAACUUCAAGGAACAAAUAAAACUCUUGUUGAUGCAAAGGCGAAGAUAUUUGGCUUUAUUUCAUUUAUCGAGUUAUGCCAAAAACAUAUUUCUGACAAAAAUUUUGACCAGUUUCAUUGGCUAAAGAAAUGUGAGCCGACUGAUGCUGCUGUACUUGUCAUUGUGGAUCAUCUGAAAAUAUUGGCCUCUGAUUUGAAAGAAAGAUUUUCUGAUUUAAAACAGAUUGAUUUUCCAACAUGGGUGAUGCAGCCAGUGCUAGUGGAUCUAUCUGAUGUUUCAAUGCAGUACCAAGAAGAACUCUCGGAAAUACAAAAUGAUGAGUCAGUUAAAACUUUAUUCAACAUAAAAGGAGCGAUGGCAUGGCUUUGUGAUGAGACAGAAACUAAAUACCCAAAUUCAACCAGCUUUGCAAGAAAACUGUUGUUACCGUUCCCAUCUUCAUAUUUAGCUGAAUGUGGCUUUAGUGCUGUAAAUGAUUUGCUACUGAAGAAAAGAAAUCGAAUGGAUAUCACUAAACGAGGAGAUUUGAGACUGAAGCUGACUAAAUUAGUGCCUAAUAUAAAAUCUCUUUGCAGCAGGCAUGAAGCACAAGGGUCUCACUAA